AUUCACUUCAUUGAUGGCAAAGUAGGCUCAACUGUUGCGGCCAGAGGUGGACCACCAGCUGUUCACAGCAAAGGUAUUGACAACAAAGAAGGGGUUAUUGAUGAUAAAGAGGAGACUCCCGGUGCCCAUGAAGGAGAGAAUGGCGGCUCAACCCUUGACUAUGAGGCCAUAUUCUCAGCCCUCGAUGUCAUAUCAUCGGCGCCUAUGGAUGUCAUGGGAACCCCUCAAAGGAUCGGAGACUUGGAGUUUGACGUCGAAGUGGACGAAAAGAUCCCAGAAAAAGGUCAAAAGGCACCGGAAGUGGAUGUUGAGGACGAUAAAAACAAUCCGAUGGGAGGCGACGGACAGGUAUUGACUGACGUAUCCGUGGACUUGAUGUCGAAGUCGGCCAAAAGGAUCGGUGACAUCGAGUUAGACAUGAAUGUCUUGAACGCCCGGACGCGACACCCGCACCACCAGAAGCUAGAGGGGUCGACCAAUGAGGAGGAUGACCCCAACCCCAACCCCAACCCCGACACAUCUACUAACAGUACUCCAGUUGAUAAUAACCAAGAACCUACUAAUAUCACUACCACUGUGAGUAUAAAUCCUGCUGAUGUCUCAUCUACAACCCCUCCCCCGGACACGGGUGCAAAUGGUGGCCAUUCCAAGAAAUGGGCCCUAAUUCUCAUCUGUAUUGUCUUCAUUUGUAUCGCAAUUGUAGGACUUAUUUGGGCUUUUAUGAAAUUCAAAGGCAUUAACAAAACUGCAAUCAAACCAACGGAAGAGAAACAAAUCGCUGCUGCCGGUGCGGCGAACCCACCGCCCGCAGGCCAACCACUCGCUGAACCUCCGUCUAUAACAAAGCGUUCACAGGAAUCACUACAUACUAAACCGGGGUCUCAGGAAAAAGUGGACCAAAAGCCGGGCUCUAAGGAGGCGUUGGGGAAGAAGGGCUCGAGUGAGAAGACGGGCGAAGGGGCCGCCGCCGUAAACCCCUAA